GCUACUCAUCAGAUCAGGAUAGCAGCUCCAGCUCGGAGAUACAUCUCCAACUCUCUGAUGUACCAAUGCAGGGGAUAUUUGCCAGGCACACAGAGAGACACCUGCACUGCUAUAGCGGGGAGGGAAUGUGAACUCCAAUAAAGAAUGAAUCGGAUUGCCACUAUUGUCUUUCUGGUGCAGCUGUUGCAAAAAGCAGAGGGGCAGGUCUUCCCAGGUGGUUGUUCCUUUGAUGAACACUACAGUAACUGUGGUUAUAGCGUGGCACUGGGGACCAAUGGAUUUACCUGGGAGCAGCUCAACACGUGGGAAAAGCCAACUAUGGAUCCAGCUGUCCCGACUGGUUCCUUCAUGAUGGUGAAUAGCUCUGGACGGGCAUCUGGGCAGAAGGCUCACUUGCUGUUGCCCACCUUGAAGGAAAAUGACACUCACUGCAUCGACUUUCAUUACUACCUGUCUAGCAGAGACCGCUCCAGCCCUGGCUCGUUGAAUGUCUACGUGAAGGUUAAUGGUGGACCACAGGGUAACCCCAUCUGGAAUGUGUCAGGGAUUGUUACUGAAGGUUGGGUGAAGGCUGAGCUUGCCAUCAGUACAUUCUGGCCACACUUUUAUCAGGUGAUAUUUGAAUCCGUGUCUUUGAAGGGACAUCCGGGGUACAUAGCUGUGGAUGAAGUCAGAGUCCUUGCCCAUCCAUGCAGAAAAGCGCCUCACUUCUUGCGGCUGCAGAAUGUGGAGGUUAACGUGGGACAGAAUGCAACAUUCCAGUGCAUCGCCGGGGGAAAGUGGUCUCAGCACGACAAACUCUGGCUCCAGCAGUGGAACGGAAGGGACACCGCGUUAAUGGUCACCAGGGUGGUCAACCACAGACGGUUUUCUGCUACAGUCAGCGUAGCAGACACGUCUCAGCGCAGCAUCAGCAAAUAUCGGUGUGUCAUUCGCUCGGAUGGUGGCUCUGGCGUUUCAAACUAUGCAGAAUUAAUUGUGAAAGAACCUCCGACGCCCAUUGCGCCCCCUGAACUGCUGGCUGUCGGCGCCACCUAUCUGUGGAUCAAACCCAACGCCAAUUCUAUCAUUGGAGAUGGGCCUAUAAUACUGAAGGAGGUGGAGUACCGGACAACCACUGGGAACUGGGCAGAAACACACAUCGUAGACUCCCCAAAUUACAAACUGUGGCACCUGGACCCCGAUGUGGAGUAUGAGAUCAGAGUGCUCCUCACCCGCCCUGGUGAAGGGGGCACAGGGCCACCUGGGCCUCCACUCACAACAAGAACAAAAUGUGCAGAUCCAGUCCAUGGACCGCAGAGUGUGGAAGUUGUUGACAUUCGCUCCCGGCAGCUGACCUUGCAAUGGGAGCCCUUUGGUUACGCGGUGACCCGUUGCCACAGCUACAACCUAACAGUCCAGUACCAGUAUGUGUUUAACCAGCAGAAGUACGAGGCAGAGGAACUCAUCCAGACAUCCUCACAUUAUACCUUGCGAGGCCUUCGGCCCUUCAUGACCAUCCGGUUGAGGCUAGCACUUUCUAAUCCAGAGGGCAAAAUGGAAAGCGAGGAGCUGGUGGUACAGACUGAAGAGGAUGUUCCUGGGCCUGUUCCCCUAGAAUCUAUCCAAGGAGGACCCUUUGAAGAAAAAAUCUAUGUUCAGUGGAAGCCUCCAAAUGAGACCAAUGGUAUCAUUACACUCUAUGAGAUUACAUACAAGGCUGUUGGGUCCUUGGAUCCCAGUGCUGACUUGUCCAGCCAGAGGGGAAAGAUCUUCAAACUAAGGAAUGAAACUCACCACCUCUUUGUAGGGUUAUAUCCAGGGACUACCUAUUCGUUCACCAUCAAAGCCAGCACAGUGAAGGGCUUCGGACCUCCCAUCACAACACGGAUCGCAACUAAGAUUUCAGCACCAUCUAUGCCUGAAUACGACACGGACUCCCCCUUGAAUGAAACUGACACAACCAUCACAGUCAUGUUGAAGCCUGCUCAGUCCCGUGGAGCACCUGUCAGUGUCUAUCAGCUUGUUGUCAAGGAAGAGAGGCUGCAGAAAGCACGGAGGGCUGCAGACAUCAUUGAGUGCUUCUCUGUUCCAGUGAGCUACAAAAAUGCUUCCAGCCUUGACUCACCCCAUUACUUUGCGGCCGAGCUGAAGCCCGUCAAUCUGCCCGUCACGCAGCCCUUUACGGUGGGCGACAACAAGACCUACAAUGGCUAUUGGAAUGCUCCACUCUCACCACUGAAAAGCUACAGCAUCUACUUCCAGGCUCUCAGCAAAGCGAACGGAGAGACCAAAAUCAACUGUGUCCGACUGGCGACAAAAGCAGUACUAGGUAGGCAACAGGUGACCACACGAAACCCGCCCAGCCUCUUGAGCACAGGAGCUUCCACCCAGAAUUCCAAUGCAGUGGAGCCUGAAAAGCAAGCUGACAACACAGUGAAAAUGGCUGGGGUUAUAGCUGGCCUUCUGAUGUUUGUUAUAAUCCUCUUAGGAGCAAUGCUCACCAUCAAAAGGAGAAGAAAUGCAUAUUCCUACUCCUAUUACUUGAAACUAGCGAAGAAGCAGAAGGAGACUCAAAGCAGCACUCAGAGAGAGAUGGGUCCUGUUGCUACUUCAGACAAGAACACCACCAAACUCAGUGCAGUUCACAACGAAGAAGCUUUUUCUUCCAGCUGUCAAGAUGUUAAUGGAUUCACAUCAUCCUCUCCUUGUUCAUUUUCUGUCCAAAGCAAAACCCUUCAGAGCAAAUCUUUGUUGAAUUCCUACUACUCAGUAUCAUCAGACACUGUUCCAUCGGCUGCACUGCUAGAGAGCAGCCAUGUGGAGAUGACCCAGCCAACUCUGACCAUCCAGACCCAUCCGUACAGGAGCUGUGAGCCAGUGGAAAUGUCCUAUCCCAGGGGGCAGUUCCAGCCAGCCAUCCGAGUGGCCGACUUGCUACAGCAUAUCACCCAGAUGAAACGAGGACAGGGCUAUGGAUUUAAAGAGGAGUAUGAGGCUCUACCCGAGGGGCAGACGGCAUCUUGGGAUACGGCCAAGGAAGAUGAAAACCGCAAUAAGAAUAGAUAUGGGAACAUCAUUUCCUAUGAUCAUUCAAGAGUGAGACUGCAGCUGUUGGAUGGAGACCCUCACUCAGACUACAUAAACGCCAACUACAUAGAUGGAUACCACCGGCCUCGUCACUACGUUGCAACUCAAGGUCCCAUGCAAGAGACGGUUAAGGAUUUCUGGAGAAUGAUUUGGCAGGAGAAUUCUGCAAGUGUUGUCAUGGUCACCAACCUGGUGGAAGUUGGCAGGGUGAAAUGUGUUAGAUACUGGCCAGAUGACACAGAGGUCUAUGGAGAUAUUAAAGUCACAUUAAUUGAGACAGAGCCAUUGGCAGAGUACGUCAUACGCACAUUUACUGUACAAAAGAAAGGCUACCAUGAGAUCCGAGAGAUUCGGCAGUUCCACUUUACCAGCUGGCCAGACCACGGGGUUCCUUGCUAUGCCACAGGCCUCUUGGGCUUUGUUCGGCAGGUGAAGUUCCUCAAUCCGCCUGAGGCGGGGCCUAUAGUUGUGCACUGCAGCGCUGGUGCUGGAAGGACAGGGUGCUUUAUUGCCAUUGACAUCAUGCUUGACAUGGCAGAGAAUGAAGGUGUCGUAGACAUAUUUAACUGCGUGCGAGAGCUACGAUCCCAGAGGGUCAAUUUGGUACAGACAGAGGAGCAGUAUGUCUUUGUACAUGAUGCCAUUCUAGAGGCAUGUCUUUGUGGCAACACAGCAAUUCCGGUUUGUGAGUUCCGAUCCAUAUAUUACAAUAUCAGCCGACUGGAUCCACAGACAAAUUCCAGCCAGAUAAAAGAUGAAUUUCAGACCCUCAACAUUGUGACGCCGCGUGUUCGGCCAGAAGACUGCAGCAUUGGCCUCUUGCCAAGAAACCAUGACAAAAAUCGCUGCAUGGAUGUGCUGCCCUUGGACCGGUGCCUCCCUUUCCUUAUCUCUGUGGAUGGCGAAUCAAGCAACUACAUCAACGCUGCACUCAUGGAUAGCCACAAGCAACCUGCUGCCUUUAUUGUUACCCAGCACCCUUUACCCAACACUGUACCAGAUUUCUGGAGGCUGGUGUUUGAUUACAACUGCUCCUCCAUAGUGAUGCUGAACGAGAUGGAUGCUGCACAGCUCUGCAUGCAGUACUGGCCAGAGAAAACGUCCUGUUGUUAUGGUCCAAUCCAGGUGGAGUUUGUUUCAGCAGACAUUGAUGAGGAUAUCAUCAAUAGGAUAUUCCGUAUCUGCAACAUGGCCAGGCCCCAGGAUGGAUAUCGUAUAGUACAGCAUUUGCAGUACAUUGGCUGGCCAGCAUAUCGGGACACCCCUCCGUCCAAACGCUCGCUCCUGAAGGUGGUCAGACGGCUAGAGAAAUGGCAGGAGCAGUACGAUGGGAGAGAUGGACGCACUGUUGUCCACUGCCUGAAUGGCGGUGGCCGCAGUGGCACCUUCUGUGCCAUCUGCAGCGUGUGCGAAAUGAUUCAGCAGCAAAAUAUCAUUGACGUGUUCCACAUAGUGAAGACAUUACGGAAUAACAAAUCCAAUAUGGUGGAGUCACUGGAACAAUAUAAAUUUGUAUACGAGGUUGCACUGGAAUACUUGUGUUCGUUUUAGCCUAGCAGAGAGGGGGGCCUACUGGAUUCCAGACCCCCAAGUCUGAAGAACACUUUUUUUCCCGCACUAAAAGGCAGUAAUGGGUGUGGGGAGGGCCAGACUCUCCACAUUGAAGCAAGGGACAGAGUGUACUGACCUCAAUGCCAUUGGGAGGACGAGGUGAUCCCUGUGUUUGCUGCUGCCUGCUUUCUUUCGGAGCAUCUACCGCUUCUUAAAUAACCUAGCAUACAAAUUGGCUAAACAGGAGACGGGCUGGAAGACUCUGCUUUCUAAUCCCCUCCAACCUCUUCUCUACCACUUUGGAUGUGUAUUUUUGCUCUCCUUGAUACAAAGGAAAAAAAUACUGGAUGUUCUGUCUUUUAAACAGCUCCUUUUUCUGUUCUCAAAUCCCACCCUUUAAUUUUUGAAUUUCAUGCAUCAGCCAUUUGGAAAAAUGAGAGAACCACAGGGAACAUGUGAGACUUUGGGUUACAAUUAAUCCACCUGACCUAUUUUUUGCCAGCGAAAAUGCUAUCAACAAGAAGUUGACAUUCUCUUCCCCUGCCUCCUGUUCUCCCUAGACAUAAGACUAGGUGGUGGAACUGGGAAGCUGUUCAUGGAUUCGCUGCACCAACUACUGCUACACAAGCUUUUCCUUCCAGAUCCUGCUUGACGUCCAAGACUGUGCGUGAACUGGUUCCAUCUCUCUGAUUCAUGUUAGUGUCCCGGCUGGUGAAGAAAAUCAUUUUAAAAAAAAACAGGGUUUCACAGCCAUUUGAUCAAACAAACCCUCCACCAAACCAGUUGCAUUUGGUUUGUAAGUCCGGUGAUUUUUUACCACAUUUUUCAAGCAUUUGCUGGGGUGCAGUGUCUCUUUACAAAGAAGAGCAUAGAGUAGAUAUGUUGAUGAUGAUGAUAUACUCUAGAUAAUUAUUAUUUAUAUUUCUGUAGGACCUAGGAGACCUAGUCAUGGACCAGGCUCUCAUUGUGCCAGGUACAGACACAGAACAGAAAGAUAAUCCCUUCCUCCGAGUUUACAAUCUAAGCGUAUGUCUCUAAUGCAGCAUUAUUCUGGGUUUUUACCUGAGUUUUAGCCCAGCCCCUCUCCCCACCAUCCACACAGGAAAACCUCUGACCUGAUUAUGGAAAGGCUUUAAAUCCAGGCUAGCUGACCCAGCUGGGGAUGUGGAUUAGAGUGCAGGGUCCUCUUUAACUCUAUCCAGAACCUGAUCACUUUGCAGUGAGGAUGGAGGUUAAAUCACUUAUGUGCUGAUAGCCCUCCAAUGCCCUGCCCACAAUUCCUCCCCAAGGACAGAAAGUUCUUCCGCAGUUGACUUGGAAGGAAUCUUAGAGCAUCUCAAAACAAAUAACAUGGGAUAUGCCUCCAGGCACACAUGGGUGAGUGCAGAAGCAGCGAGGACACACUAGCAUGGGUAGAUCUUUGUAGUGGGGAUGCUCGCACCUGGGUUAACUGUGCAUUGUAGACAUAGCCAUCGUAUGAUUUUAAUUUGGGGAUUGACUAAGGUUUCUAUGCUGUCUGUUCCCAAACUGUUGUACAAUCAGACCUAAUUGCGUGAUUAUUCAACUCUCCAGGCCAUGAGAUUUCUAAAUGGUAGUUCAUUCAGGCUGUAUGAAAGGUAAUGCACAUUAAACACAAAACUAGUUUGUUGUUUGCUGGGUUUGUGAAAAGGUAAGAAAAAAUGUUUCAGCAGCACAGGAAACUUUACAUCACGAGCAAAAAGGUAUUUGCUUUGCUCUGCAAAAAUUUCUGCAUUAAAAUUUCCAUUAAUUCUUUGAAACAAGCCCUGGGUAUGUGUUGCCUUAUCCUGUAGCCCAGUCUUAUCUCUUUGUAGCUAUAGAAAAGUGUGUUAACUGGUUAAUCAGAAAAAGGUUGGAUUUUGAUCUCAGAGUGUAAAUUGAUUUUGAUGAACCAGAUCUUUCAGUAUUCAGGAUUUUUAUUUAUUUAGCUAUCUAUCUUAAGACAGCAGAGAUAAGGUGGCUGCAUUUGGCUAGAUUCUGGGAAAUGCAGACUUUUUAAAAUCUAGACUUUCCAUCAAAGCUUGACUGAAGAAAAGAGUUUAACAAAACUGUAACUCGUCAUCCUUCAACAUAGUUUUCCCACCCUUUUGUCAGUACCCAGAUCCUUCAACCCCAGAGCCUGUGGUUUGACCCUCUGUCACAUUGAUUUUCCACAUGUGGAAAGCAGUGUAACUAUGUCUAACUUCAGCUUUCAGUCACUGGAUUGCAUUAUACCUUUGACAAUCAAGCAGACAAAGAUAUAACACAGUCCAAUGGCUGGAAGGUGAUGUUAUACAAAUUCAGACUGGAAAUAAAGUGUAAAUUUUUAACAGUGAAGGUAAUUAACCAUUAGAACGAUUUACCCAAGGUAUGGUGGGUUUUCCAUCACUGGCCAUUUUUAAAUCAUGAUUGGAUUUGCUGUAGUUCAAAGAGAAUUAUUUUGGGGAAAGUUCUGUGGCCAGACUCGAUAAUCACCAGGGCUCUUUCUGGCCUUAGAAUCUAUGAAUCAGUAUUAUUUUUCUUUAAAAAUAUAUUAUCAUGUAUCUUAGUUCAGAAGGCACCCUUGCGUAGUUGCCACUCUUUAGAUCUCCCACGUUAUCAAGAGACUUUGGAUUUUAGGCUUGUCUUUACAAGUGAGUGUCCUGAAAUAAGGUAGCAAGUAAGUCCAAUUUUGUCCCUGAUGUAUCCUGCAUGCUGUACAAUACCUGUGUCCACCCACACCCAUUCCCUUGUGCCCUUUUUGGGCUGGUUCCUUCUAUUGUUUGCAACAAAAACCCAAGAUGAUGUCGUGUAACUGUAGAGGAGUGUUUCGUGCGUGCGUGCCAUUUGAUGAAAACAGAACUUCUCUUUUUGCCACCCUCCAUGCACAGAAUCCUGAAAGACACUAAGAAGAGUGGAGAAACUGUUGGGCAGGGACUGAACAGGCAGGUAUGAAAAUGAGUGGUUAGGUGACAGGUAGCGCAUGUUGUAACUAUGUGGUGCAACAAGUGUGCUGCUAACUUCUACGUGCACGGAGGAGGAAAGGAAGCACCACACAGCAGGCCAGGAUUUUUCUCCAACUGCCAAAAUGAAGCUGGGCUUUGUCUAAAUUGGCACCUUCACCGCUAAAACUUUUGUCGCUCGGGGGGCGUGAAAAAACACCCCUCUGAACGACCAAAGUUUUAGCGACGAAAAGCUCCAGUGUGGCCAGCGCUUCGUCAGCGGGCGACGUGCUCCUGUCCACGACGUACGGCCCCUCGUUGGGGGUGGUUUUAUUUUGUCUCCAGGAGAGCUCUCGCCUGGCAAUAAAGAGCGGCAACACAGCACGCCUUACGGUGGCAUGGCUGCAGCACCACAGCUGCACCGUUGUAAGAGUCGCAGUGUGGACGUUGCCUCGGUGUCGGUUCAUUCAGUCCAGAAAGUUAAAGGGAAUCAGAUCCCUUGCAAAGAAAAAGUGCUGUGUGUUUGAACACAGUUCACUCAUCUUCAGCCAGGCUGUUUAAAAAGAAUUGCUUUCUCUUCCUUGAAUUAUUCCUGUUCGGGGGCCUUGGUUGUGUGUUUGUUGGUUUGGUUUUAUUAUUAUUAUUAUUUUGUUAGCCCUUUCAUAACGUAAGUUUUCUUAAGACCCCAUCACUGCUUACAAUGAAGUUAUGAUCUUGAAAACGUCACCUAGUGUUCAGUGCGUGUGCUAUAGUUGUACGUGGAAAUUCACAAGAACAUACUAGCAAUUAAGGUCUCUGUCUGAAUCAGAAAUAGGACACACUGGAUAACAGUUCAAACAAAAAGGGGCAGAAAGGUGGGCAAUAAGAUCUGUCAGUGGCAGAAAGGAAGAUAAACAGGAAUGUGAGAAGCGGGGGCAGCUCCAGGCUUAGGGGUAGCAUGAAAGAAAGUGGAUACAUAGACAAAAAUAGCAGCUACAAAGGAGGCUUGGGUGGAGAGAAGUAGGUGUCAGACUUGAGAACAGAGCAUAGGUGGGAGCAGAGUUGUGUAAGGCCUCAAAGGUACAGGUUUGAGUUCAUUGACUUGGCACUCAACACAUGACUCAAUCUAAAUAGAUAAAAGAGGUGACGGGAAUUGUAUAGAGGGACAGGGGGAUGAAACACUACCAGCCAAGGUAGAGCAUAAAGUUGCUUAUUAAAUCCUAUUUGAAAUACUGUAUGCAGUCCUGGUCACCAUACCAAGGAAGCUAUUGCUGCCUUAGAGAGUGCAGCACACAGCAAAAAAGAUACCACCAGGUUAGAAGAAUGUAAAUAUGAGUUAAGGUUAUCGGAGUUGGGUUUAUUCUUCUUGGAGAAAAACAGAAGCUUUGAACUGAGCUAACAGAGGCUUUAUCAAUCCUGAAAAGGAUUGCCUUUAGUAAGGCUUUUGAUAUAGUCCCCAAUGACAUUCUCAUAAGCAAGCUAGGGAAAUAUGGACUAAAUAUAACUACUAUAGGAUGGGUGCAUAACUGGUUGAAAGACCGUUCUCAAGGAGUAGUCCUCAGUGGUUCACUGUGAAACUCUAGUGGGGUGCUGCAAGGAUCUGUCCUGGGUACAGUACUUUUCAGUACUUUCACUGAUGACUUGGAUGAUGGAGUGGAGGGUAGCCUUAUAAAAUUUGCAGAUGUCACCAACCUUGGAGGGGUUACUAGCACUUUGGAGACAAGGAUAAGAAUUCAAAAUUAUUUUGAUAAAUUGGAGAAUUGGGCUGAAAUCAGCAAGAUAAAAUUCAAUAAAGACAAGUGCAAAGUACUGUAAUUAGCAAGGAAAAAUCAAAUGCACACAUACAAAACUGGGAAAUAACUAGGCAAGGCAAGGCAACAGUAGCACAGAACAGGAUCUGGGGAGUGUAGUGGACUGUGUGACAAUAGUGUGAUGCUGUUGUGAAAAAGGCAAAUCCUAUUCUGGGAUGUAUUAGUGUAAUAUAUAAGAUACAGGUGGUAAUUCUGCUCUGUGUGGCACUGGCGAAGCCCCAGCAGGAGUACUGUUCACGUUUUGGGCACCAUAUUCAAGAAAAAUGUGGAGAAAGGGGAGAUAGUCCAAAGUAGAGCAACAAACUGAUAGGACAUUUAGAAAGCAUGACUUAAACGGUUGAAAGAAUUGGGCAUGUUCACUUUAGAGAAUAGAAGGUUGGGGGGGCAUCAUAAGUCUUCAAAUGUGUAAAAGAGGGAUGGUGAUCGACUGGUUUCCAUGUUCACUGAGGGUAGGACAAGAAGUAAUUGGCUUUGCAGCAAGGGAGAUUCAGGUUAGAGAUCAGGAAAAUCUUUUUAACUCUAGGGACAGUUAAGCACUGGAACACAUUACUAGGGAGGCUGUGGAAUCUCCAUCACUGGAGAUUUUAAGAACCGGUUAGACACAUACCUGUCAAGGAUGGUGUAGGCAUACUUAAUCCUGCCUCCAUGCAGGGGUAUGGACCAGAUGGCCUCCUGAGGUCCAUUCCAGUCCUACAUUUCUAUGAUUCUUUGAAAAACACUAGAGGAAUUUAUUUGAGGAAUCCAUUUUUUCAUUUGAAAAAUAGGAAAAUUUAGUAUUGACAAUAUUUGACCAAUUCUAAUGACGAGUCUUUAUCCUAGUUUACAACCGCUCCUCAAUGUCCAUAGCGUGCUGCUUAUGGAUGGCACAAUACUGCCCUGGUGAUAAUCUAAACUUCAAGAAACUAGGAGCAAUUAAGGAUAUAGGAAGAACUCAUGCAAAGGCUAAUUAAUAUGUGGGAUAAAUUGCUCAGAAGAUAACUGAAACAAAGAAUCCAAGGGAUAACUAGAUGAGUUGCUGUAGAUGAAAGAGACUAAGGGUUUAUUUAGAUGAGCAGUUAGUGCAAAGCAAGCUGAGGUUUGAAUCUACUGUGUAACAGCAUGCUGUGUGCUAGGUGCGUGUGGCGACCCUGCUACCACACACUAAAAGUUCCCUAGUGCACUUUGAUCUACCCUGCUUUGAAACAGGAGGAGAUGAAAGUACAGUAGGGAACAUUUAGUGUGAGGCAGCAGGGUCCACAUGGACAGUUAACAUGACACGCUCGUAAGCUGUAGCUUUAGGUCUUAGCUUGCCAUGCAUUAACUGUUCGUAUAGACAAACCCAGAGCGGUUCGAUCUAAUUGCCUUCUGUGACGAGAUAACUGGCUCUGUGGAUGAAGGGAAAGCAGUGGACGUGUUGUUCCUUGACUUUAGCAAAGCUUUUGACACGGUCUCCCACAGUAUUCUUGCCAGCAAAUUAAAGAAGUAUGGGCUGGAUGAAUGGACUAUAAGGUGGAUAGAAAGCUGGCUAGAUUGUCAGGCUCAACGGGUAGUGAUCAAUGGCUCCAUGUCUAGUUGGCAGCCAGUAUCAAGUGGAGUGCCCCAAAGGUCGGUCUUGGGGCCAGUUUUGUUCAAUAUCUUCAUAAAUGAUCUGGAGGAUGGUGUGGAUUGCACCCUCAGCAAGUUUGCAGAUGACACUAAACCGGGAGGAGAGGUAGAUACGCUGGAGGGUAGGGAUAGGAUACAGAGGGACCUAGACAAAUUGGAGGAUUGGGCCAAAAGAAAUCUGAUGAGGUUCAACAAGGACAAGUGCAGAGUCCUGCACUUAGGACGGAAGAAUCCAAUGCACCGCUACAGACUAGGGACCGAAUGGCUAGGCAGCAGUUCUGCAGAAAAGGACCUAGGGGUUACAGUGGACGAGAAGCUGGAUAUGAGUCAACAGUGUGCCCUUGUUGCCAAGAAGGCCAAUGGCAUUUUGGGAUGUAUACGUAGGGGCAUUGCCAGCAGAUCGAGGGACGUGAUCGUUCCCCUCUAUUCGACAUUGGUGAGGCCUCAUCUGGAGUACUGUGUCCAGUUUUGGGCCCCACACUACAAGAAGGAUGUGGAAAAAUUGGAAAGAGUCCAGCGGAGGGCAACAAAAAUGAUUAGGGGACUGGAACACAUGUGUUAUGAGGAGAGGCAGAGGGAACUGGGGAUGUUUAGUCUGUGGAAGAGAAGAAUGAGGGGGCAUUUGAUAGCUGCUUUCAACUACCUGAAAGGGGGUUCCAAAGAGGAUGGCUCUAGACUGUUCUCAGUGGUAGCAGAUGACAGAACAAAGAGUAAUGGUCUCAAGUUGCAGUGAGGGAGAUUUAGGUUGGAUAUUAGGAAAAACUUUUUCAUUAGGAGGGUGGUGAAACACUGGAAUGCGUUACCUAGGGAGGUGGUGGAAUCUCCUUCCUUAGAAGUUUUUAAGGUCAGGCUUGACAAAGCUCUGGCUGGGAUGAUUUAAUUGGGGAUUGGUCCUGCUUUGAGCAGGGGGUUGGACUAGAUGACCUCCUGAGGUCCCUUCCAACCCUGAUAUUCUAUGAUUCUAUGGGGAUUGGGGUGGGGGGGGGCCUUAAAAAAAGAAGCAGGUAUAUUAGAGCAGCAGGUCUUCUCAUAAUUUUUUUUACCUUCACGUAAUACCUUCAAAAUUAGAUCAUGGGCCAAUUAUUUAUUAUUUUCAAAUUUCUUUUGGUGUGGAACAGCGCACGUUAUAUAGUGUAUAUGGACCUGCAGCACUAAAUGCAUGGCAAAUCACGAACAGUUUCUCCAUUCGUGGGUGCGUUGUCACAUCCAUGUCAUUUGUGGGAUUCAGCCAAAUAACGAGUGUCAUCAGGCUGCCACCGCAAUGAGUAGACACAAGUAGUCCCAUUGAACUCACUUUGGAGACCCCUAGACAAAUUCUGCCUUCAGGUACACUAAUGCAAGCCCAGUGGAGUGUAAAUGAGGCCAAAAUAUGGCCCUUGGCGUCUAAUUCUAACUUAAGGCCCAACUCCUCCACCUUCACUCACAUUCAAUGCUACCUCUCACAGGUGAGUAGUCCUGUUGAAGUCUGCGGGACUACUUACAGGAGUAACAUAUGUAAAUAAGCAUGACAGAACUGAGUCCUUGGGUAGCAAAUAAAGGUGAUUUUGGUGAUCUCGUUCUUGUCCACAAUUUGACAUUACCAUUUUUCCCUGCUCAAGAGAAACUUUGGACUGGAAUAACAAGAAGUGCUUUAGUUCAUGACUGAAGUGCUUUGACAGAGUUGUAUAGAACAACUAUAUGGAACAUAGUGUCUCCUUGCACCAUGCCUUGUUCCAGCCAGUUUUCAGUGCUCUGCUGGGUAUCACUCUAAUCAAGUUUUAAGCAUUUAAGUUUGUAAUAUUUACCCCUUGUCCUGUGUGCAUGAGCCAUUCGGCCAAAUAAAAGAUUUUCACAUCUAUAGAAAAGCUGUAGUCUCUGGCUGUUCCCAGUACUCUAAGCCAUUCUUACAUAUCCCAUAACAUCAGCACUCAACGUAUCUUAGUUCUUUGAGCCAUGUAUUGUGUGUACAUUUGUACACACACAAAUGUACACCCAUAUCGAUACAGGGAGAUGUGAUUUACAGACCAACGUCUAAUAUCUAAUGACAACUAGAAGUGAUAAUUUAUAUCUUCAAAGAUAUAACUGAACCGAAAAUAGUAAAUGCUGUCACUGUUCCUCACACACAAAUACUCAAAGAGAAUGACCAAACGAAACACAAAAUGUUACAUAGAAAUUUUGGGGACCACCCAGGCUCCUAUAAAUAUGGUAUUUUGAACCCUUCCCAAACAUUGAUGUUUCAUGCUUUUGGAACAGAAGGGGUGGCCUAUUAUUAUUUCUGUUCCAGGAGGUUGGGUGGGAGAAACAGACAACACUGGAAAGAGAUGUUUAACUGGAAACUCUCACUGUGUUCUUUCUCUGUGUUAUUCUCCUACACAACCCUUUACAUUAUGUGCUGCUCUGUUCAUGCUAAAAUCAGAAGAAUGCAGGUUAUACCAAAUCCCAAUGUUUGAAGCCCCACCCCCACCCCCACCCCAGGGCCCAAAUGGAGAGGUCAUGGCAUAGCAGAAGGAGGAGAAGGUUUGGGAGAUAGUACACCGUGAAACAAACAAAAGAAGGGGUGCUCAAGCUGAGGUCUUUGAAAUUUGAAGUAUCCUUGUUUGUAAAACUGAGAACAUGAUCAAGUGCUCUCCCAGGCAUGCAUGUUACUACUGUAUUCAUAUAUGGGAUGCGGGUGUGGGAGGGUGGAGACAAGUGAGUUGUCUCCCAGGAAAAUUUAAUUGCCUUGCAAUUAAUUUAAAGAGGUCAGCAUUAUCCGGUGGUAAAAUUCCUGUGGUACAAUUACUAUUGAUAUGUCCCUGUGCUGUAUCCACAGACAGUAGUUCAAACACUGCCAGGGUCAUCUCAGAAGCCUGCUGAGGGCCUGCUGUACUUCCAAGGGUUCUUUCAGUCUCUUUAGUUUGGAACAGAUGUGCUGUGUGUGAGGGUGUGUGGAUGGGGAUGACAAGGAGGCAGAUGGGCCAUCUGAUGAAUGGUACUUUGCAUAGAUGCAAAUCUCAGAAUGGCUAUUGGCUGUGCAUUAGCCCACUAACGGCUGCCAGAGGGCUUUGGAUAUUGUGUCUCCUAGAAGAUCCCGGAGCAUGUGGUAGAAUAAAAUGCUGUCAGCCUCUCUUCUCCUCCCCCUCGCCCCCGCAAUUCAUUAGCCAAGGUUGGGUGCUCAGCUCAUCAAAAGGUAAACUUUAGGCAUUCAAUACCUCAGUGACAGUGAUCCUGUUAAUUCCCAUGUGUGUUAUUAUUUAGAUGUUGGUCUUCUACAAAUUCCUGACAUACAUUUAACAAGACAAAAGUAUCACCUGUUCCUUGAAGUUUUAUCUCCAAAAGAACCUGGUACUUCUUUCUCCAGGUACAGGGCCAGGUUUAUAAGCCAGCAGCAUCAAUGGUGGGCUGCUUCAGUUAUUGGGGUUGCCACUGGAAACAACCACCAUGCUCUAUUUAUUAACCUAGCAUAUCAAAAUUUGCCCUGCUGUUCCAGGGUUUUACCAGUUUAUACAUAUAUACUAGAAGAAUGUAACAUUUUCCAUGAUUUAAAACAGGAAUGUGGGUAGGUCUAUGUUAGAUCACAGCACGUUUCAACAGAGGAGCUGCUCUUAUAUGUCAGAAUUUGGACCUCUCAAAUGUGAAAACCCAUUGAGGCCAGAAAGCAAGUUAAGCAAAAUAAUGUUCUUACCAUAAGGUCAAAUGUUGCUGCCAUUGAAGUUAAUGACAAAACCCUUGCUGACAUCAAAGGGCCCCUAGUCUUGAGACUUUCUUUGCUGAGUUAGAAGAUUUGCCUCUCUCUGUAAAAAACGUCCAUUGUACUGUGUAAACUACAAAGAUUACCCCACAAUUUCACAUCAAGCUGAAACUUUUGGCAGCACCUUCAGUUUGUAAAAGCCUUGCAGUUCUCAGUACCCCCUCCUCUGCAUCAUCUCAAAGCAUCUAGCAGAUUCUCUGAUUCACAUUACCCUUAAUGAUCCUCUGGAAACAGAAAACUAUGCACUAGAAUGAAAGACCUGGAUUUACCAUUAGGCACAGGGAAUUCCAGAUGGCUGCAUUUGUAAUGUAAACUAUUAAUGUGAGAGGGAAUAGGAAGAUUCUGCACUAAAAUGAAUGAUAAAUGCUGGUGAUUGUAGGGGCUUUCCUGACAGAACAAAUGGUUGAUAUGGAGAAAAGAAUCAAAUGCACCAAAAUGGGAACCACAUGGCCUCUAUAAAUCUGGUAUUUAUAACCAUUACCCAACCCCAGCUGUAUCAUGCUUUUGGAACAGAAGGGGAGGUCCAAAUAGAAGUGUGUACUCGCUAGGACCAAUUCUGAUCUCAUGUACACUGGAUUUCCAUCAGCGUAGUGGUUAAUGGAAGUUACCAGUGUGAGAUCAGAAUCAGGGCCUAAGACUAUACCAAAUAUUUGUUUAUACUAUAGCAGAUAUACCUCUAAUGUGUAGCACUAUGGAGGACUAUUUGCUGGUUAUAUCCAUCAGCCAGUGUUUUCUGACUGGAGGCCUCAUGUUUUUCAUGUGUAGUUGCUGAAGGGGCUGUGUUUGCAGAAUGGAGAAUUGAGCAUAUGGGAGCCCUGCCAUCACUCAGCAUACUUUUAUGAGUUUAGCUACUCUAAAAAUCAUCCCAAGGCAAAUGGUGACGUUAAAAGCUUUGAACAAUAUCAAGUGAUAUCUGUAGUGUAUGCAAAACAGAACUGGCAUUACCCUCUCAUCUUUCUCCGCCAUUCUUACUUCUCCAGCACUGCUGCUCUCCUUUAUGCCAAAAGAUUUAGCUGCAAUCUCACUGUGUUCAACUCUUGCAAACUAUAUCCACCUCCCCAUUGACCUGUUCACCGUCCUGCUGAAACUGAAAUGUAUGGGCCUCACUCAAAGGUUCUUUACCAGAGUUGUUGCCACUUGACCCAGUUUCAAUGCCCCGGAUGCAACUAGUUUGCUGGCUGGGAGUAGUGUUGCAUGAGAGCUAAAAUCUCUUUGCUGUUGCGGUUUCCCCCAGUCCUCAUGAUUACCAGUAAAGCUCACUUGUACAGUUUGGAUGUUUGAUAGAUAAAGCACAGUACAAUAAAAAUGAAAAAAAAUACUAAAAAACUCAGCACUGUGCAUUCAGUGUUUUUUUCCUUUCUGGCUUAAAAGAAGGAAGGUAAAUAAUGUCAAGUCAAUGAAUAUCAGACAUAUUUUUUGACUGUACAUUAUAGUGAAGUGUAAUUUUUUUUUAUGACUGCGAAUCCAUCUUAUUUAUUCUUGUAAAUGUUCCCAGACAAUGUUUGUAAUAUGGGCUGUGUUGCAAAUCCAUACAAUAAAUCUGUGAUCCAAGAUGAAUGGUUUACUAAGA